AUGAAAGUCGUCCGUCUUCGCUCAGUGUUGCUAAUGUUAGCUCAGCUCGCUAACUGCUAACAGACCUGUCAGUGUGUGAUGAAGACAAACUGUUUCUGAUGGAGUUUGUGUGAAGAAAAGGUGGAAAAUGGCCCAAAAAGUGCAGAUUCUGAGGUCACUGGUGGAGCAGAGACUAACUGCAGCUGCUGAAGAGAUAUUUGGGCUGUUUGAAAGAACCAUAGCAGAGUACGAGGAGGAACUUUGUCAAACUAAAGAAGAAAACCAGAGACAAAGACAAAUACUGGACUGUGUUUGGAAUCCGAGAGUUCUGAUUCACAAAACAGACGUCCAGCAACACUUGGUGGUUAAAGGAGAGGUUCCUCCUGAGCAGCAGGAGUGGAAUCCUACUGUGGACCAGGAGGAACCAGAACCAGAGCCCCUACACAUCAAAGAGGAACAGGAGGAACUGUGGACCAGCCAGGUAGUGAAUAUCACCAAGUUCCCAUCCACUCCUGUCCCUGUGAAGUGUGAAGAUGAUUAUGAUGAGUUUAAUAAAACACCAACUGAGGAGAACAAAGUGGAAGCAAAUAAAGUGGACUGUGGAGGAUCAGAACCAUCCAGCAGUUUCCAUCCACAUAGACAUUUACAAAGAAAAAACGAGCAGAAUGGAGAUUCUGAGGAAACCGAGGACAGCGAUGAAGACCAGACCCUGAACCACAAACCUGAGUCAAAGCUUCCAACAAACAGCUCAACAGAACAGAUGGAAACACAAACUGACGGAGAUGACGGUGGAGGAUCAGAGCCAGACAUGAACCUGGUCCACAUGGAGAGUGUAAAGGGAAGAACCUUUGACAGUAAGAGUUUACUGGAGGAACACAAGGACACUCACACAGGACAGAAACUGGUUGGUUCUUCUGAAUGUGAAGCAACAUUUCCUCAGAAAAACACAACACAGGAAACCAACUCACCCAGAGACAUGAUGAUGAAUAAUGACAUGAUACUAAGUGAAAUGGGAUGUGAAAAUAAACUAUACCACUGCUCUGUGUGCUCGAAAACAUUUUGCUGGAAGUCAAAGUUAGAAAUCCAUAUGAUAAUUCACACUGGAGAGAGGCCAUUUUGUUGUUCAGUUUGUGGAAGCAGAUUCAAACAGAAGUCUAGUUUACGCAGUCACAUGAAGUCCCACACAGGAGAAAAACCAUUCACCUGUCCACUGUGUCAAAAGUGUUUUGGAAGCAGAAGUCAGGUCAGGAAACACAUGAGAAUCCACACUGGUGAGAAACCAUUCAGCUGUUCACUGUGUCACAAAUGUUUUAGAGACCGACAUGAGGUCAGGAGACACAUGAGAAUCCACACAGGAGAGAAACCUUUCAGCUGUGCAGUUUGUCAGAAAAGCUUCACACGUAAACAUCAUCUUCAUUCACAUAUGAGGAUCCACACAAGAGAAUAAACAAAAUGUCACAUUCACAGGAAUCAGACCAACACAGACUAAAGAAUAAUGAUACAGUCAAAUUUUAGAGGAGAAUCUGCAUAAAUACUUUCAUGAUUUUUCUUACGUUUAUUUUUCUUAAUUAUUUUUUUCAGUGUUGCCGUUUUUUUAAUUCAAUGGAUGAAAAUACAUACUUAGUCUAUUCUUUCUUUUCAUAUUUAGAAGACUUUUUUUCUGAGAUCAGCAGUUGAAGAGUCAGACAAACAGGAUCCAAAUUAUCACAUCAGUUGAGAACGACAGGUGAAAGAGGUUAAAGCAACACAAUAAAAACAUGUCAAAAGUUUCCACCAUGUCCCUCACAAACUUACCUAGAAAUCACAUCAUUCAUGUUUGAAAUUUGUCCUUAACUCUAUUAUAAUCAUAAUUGUUGAAAAUAAUGUGUAAAUCAAACUAAUAAGUACAUCACUUCUAAAUCUACAUAACUGAACAUAAGACUCAAUGUAAUGAAUCAGUAAAUCUGGAACUUACCACAGGACAAAAAAAAGAAAAAGCUUUUUGUCUUCUAUAGAAAGAAAAAGUUCCAAUCUGGACUAAAUCACACUGAAUCAAAAAAGUGAAAUCAGAAUUUGUCAGAAUCACAUCAGGAUGUUGAGUUACACUAUUCAGACAAAGGUAUUGGGACACAUUGAAUUCAAGUGUUUCAAUAGUAAUACGGGGCGGGCUAUGAAAUGAUGACUAAUGUCUUAAUGUAAUUUCAUAUUAAAUAUUUGCAUUUCAUCUUUAGAGCUGCGUAUGUUGUAACUAUGUGUUGUGCUCCCUCUUGGCCAGGACUCCCUUGGAAAACAGCUUCUUA